GCCGCGGCCGAGGAUGCUCCGUCUGCCGGCGGCGGCGGGGGGGGAGCGUGUGCGCGGCGCCGGGGGCUGAGCCAGCGGCGGGGAGCCGAGCUCCGGCCCUGCCCGGGACACUUAACGGGGGAGGAAGAAGAAGAGGAGGAGGAGGGAGGAGGAAGAAGAAGAGGCCGCCCUCGGCCUCGGCCCCGCCAUGCCGGGCCCCGCCGGGGAGCGUGGCCCGGCGGCAGCGGCCCCCCGGGGGCUGUGAGCGGCCCGGGGCUGGCGGAGGGGGGGCCCUGGAGCGGCAUGGCCAGCCCCGUCCCCCCCGCCGCCGCCGCCGCCGGGAUUUAGCCGGUGCCUGGAUGCUUUCCCCUCCCGUUUCCACUUCGGGCGGGCAUGUGCGCGGGGGAACCGGGCCGCCCCCAGCCUCCUCCGGCGAGGACCCCCCCCGCGCCCUGACUCCCCGGUGAGGGGCUCCGCCGCCAGCCCCGUCCCGCCACCGGCCCCGGGAGGACGGGGAGCGCCCGCCCGCCCUGGCCCCCGCUAGCCGGUGGGUGCCGGGCGGGGGGCGGCGGGCACCGGUAACUUGUUCUUAGCGUACCCCGGUACCGACUGGGGAACCCCCCGCCUCCCCCGAGGAGAUUUGGGUUUAAACUUUGGCUUUUGGGAAGCCCCGAAGAUGCCUUUCCACCCGGUGACGGCGGCUUUGAUGUACCGGGGGAUCUACACCAUCCCCAACAUCCUCGCCGAGCAGCACCCCGUGGAGAUCCCCGAGGACGAACUGGAGGAGAUCCGCGAAGCCUUCAAAGUGUUCGACCGGGAUGGCAACGGCUUCAUCUCCAAGCAGGAGCUGGGCACGGCCAUGCGCUCCCUGGGCUACAUGCCCAACGAGGUGGAGCUGGAAGUCAUCAUCCAGCGCCUCGACAUGGACGGCGACGGGCAGGUGGACUUCGAGGAGUUUGUGACGUUACUGGGGCCUAAGCUCUCCACCUCGGGCAUCCCGGAGAAGUUCCACGGCACAGACUUUGACACCGUCUUCUGGAAGUGCGACAUGCAGAAGCUGACGGUGGACGAGCUGAAGCGGCUGCUGUACGACACCUUCUGCGAGCACCUCUCCAUGAAGGACAUCGAGAACAUCAUCAUGACGGAGGAGGAGAGCCACAUGGGCACGGCCGAGGAGUGCCCCGUCGACGUGGAGACCUGCUCCAGCCAGCAGAUCCGGCAGACCUGCGUGCGGAAGAGCCUCAUCUGCGCCUUCGCCAUCGCCUUCAUCAUCAGCGUGAUGCUCAUCGCCGCCAACCAGGUGCUGCGCAGCGGCAUGAAGUAGCGGGGGCCGCCCCGCGCGCCUGCCGCCGCCGGGGAGCCACGCCGAGGGCGAGGACUAGAGAUAGAUCGAUCGAUCGAUCGAUCUCCAUAUUCGAAUCAGACGCGCAAAACACCACCCACCCCCACCCCCCCCCCCGCCCCGGGAGAGAGGGGCAAACCUGAAGUGGGGAGGGGGAAGACCCGUGCUGGGUCCCCGCUGCCCAGGACGAUGCGAUCGCGUGGCUGUUUGCAGAACAUGGAAACUUUGAUAAAGACACGCAAACACACACACACACACACAGAGAGAAGACCCUCGCCGCAAAAAAAAAAAAAAAAAAAAAAAAAGAAAAUAACAAAAAAACAAACCAAACUGUAAGUGCAUGUAACGUGCAUGGAGCCCCGUGUGCUGCCCCCUCCCCGCGCCGGGGGCGGAUCGCCCCCCCGGGCAUCGGAUCCCGUCGGAUACACCGAUACUAGCGUCUAUAGCUCUAUAUUUAUGAUAAAAACCAAAUCAUCCCCUAAGCAAUACACGCGCCUGAGAUGGUUUCUAGAGACGGGAACGUUUGCAUGGACUUGGCUGCCAAGGGCUGGAUUUCACCCCCCGUCCCCGUCCCCGUCCCCGUGCCGUGACUCGGUUUCCCCACCUGCCAGAUGGGGGGACGUCGCUGACCUCCCGCUUGAUGCAUUUUGAGCCGACCUUCCUGGGAAGCGCCGGAGCGACCCCGAGGCCAGGGAGCCCGCGCCGGCCGGGGCCGCCCGCCCUGCACACCCCCGAGCCCCCCCAGCCUGUAUGUAGCACCCACCUGGGCACUGGACUGGUUCGGAUUUGGGGCUGUUUCUCAUUCUUUGGAGCUGUUUUUUUUUUUAUUAUUAUUUUUAUUUUUUUGUUUGUUUGUUUGUUUGUUUUAUUUUUCUCUUU